CCUACUACUUUACAGUAUCCCACCUUGAGGCUAUACCAUCCAGAGUUCAUACUCCCACUCGGCUACGCUUGCGGUUCCUACCGGUCCACUUGCCGAAGAUCCCUUGAUCCUUGGUUACCAUCCCUACGGAUCUGCACGUCGACAUUCACACGCCUACGUAGUGUCGCCAAGAUACAAAAGAUUUCGAGUCGCGUCCUGUACAUCCAAGAUCUUAUCACUGCAGAUCUGACGUUCCACACGACCCCUAUUAAAUAGGCCUCGAAUCCACCCAUUGCUGGCAUCACUUCACUAUCCAACACCAUUACUACCACAAUCUCAAAAUGGAUUCCCCGACAGUCGAGCUCCGGUCUGCUCUGGCUUCACUUUUUGAAUGCGGAAAGUACUCAGAUCUGACCAUUGUCUGUGGUAGCAACAGAUACCAAGUACAUCGCGCACUUGUGGCAACUCGCUCAACCUUUUUUGAAGGUGCAUGCCGUGGUGGCUUCCAAGAAUCGGCAACAGGUGUCAUCGACCUCACCGAGGACGAUGCAGAAGCUGUCGAACAUAUGGUUCACUAUUUCUACCAUCUGGACUACCUCAACAAGCAAAGUUCGCAGCGAUCGACUCGUCCCCAAUCUCCAAGCCCAGUGACGUCGCGCUUCACAAAACGCAGUCCACCAAAAAAGCUCAACUUGGCAUUUUUAGAUGACCCGCUGCUUGCGCAAAUGUCUGCUGCGAGUCCGUUGACGCCUCCUGCCGAGGACACUGUAUUCCGUCCUAUCGAUGCCACCCUGAAGCUCCCCGAUACGCCAAUGGUUGAGCAAUUUGCAGACGAUUACAAUGAGUAUGCCACUAUGGAGCCAGAGGUUGACGUCGAAAGCGCUCAUCUGGUCAUCCACGCUAAGGUGUACGCGAUUGCAGAGAAGUACGGCAUUACUGGCCUGAAAUCACUGGCACGCACCAAAUUCGCCUAUCAGAUCUCUACCCAUCUGAAUAGCCCAGAGUUUGCAGACGCCUGCCAAGAGGCGUACGAGACAACGUUUCACACCGAUCGUGGCCUGCGGGACGUUAUCAUUCAAACUUUCCGCGCCAACCCUGAUCUGUCCAUGCGCGAGGAUGUCGAGAUGGCGGUCCGCGAGACGCCCGGCCUCGCCUUCGAGUUAUUCCGCAUGGCCAGCGGCCUCCCAGUGUCAUCUUGAAGACCGAGCUUACGAGGCUCGCGGAAGCGAGCACAGCUCCACUCCAUUCGACUGUUUAGUCCUGGCAGAUCGCGAUGACUUAGACCUAAUCCAGCUGUGGAUUUCUGGUCGAGUAUCGUACGUGUCGCCGUCGAUAUAAACCAGCGACGACCUGAGACCCAGAAGAGCCUUCCCUUGCGGAUCUCCAGGCCAUGAUUGCUCUAAGCUGUAUAGCACUCUUCUGCACCGUGCAGAUGGGUACUUGCAUUUCACGCAUCGAACAGGUUCGCAGAAUGUUAGGAAAAUGACUAUGAUAUUGAAGUUACUCCAGACCACAGGGCAAAACGGGACAAGACAGUGUAGCUUAGAUGGGAUACCGCUUGUCUGG